UGCAUCAAGGCCAAGGAGGACAUCUACACGACCAAGCAGCAGGCACUGCUUGCGAUCUGCCCAGAGUUCGGAGCGCUCUGGACACCGCCACCAGCUACGCACGCCGAGGGGCAGCUGGCAGCGGCCGCGCAGAAGCUUCGACAACUACAGACUCAGCAAGGCAAAAUCAAGGCGCAGCUGGUGGCGGCCGCCCAGUCUCAGAAGGAGCUGCCCCGCCGCCUCAGUGAGAACGUGGAACAGCGCUUGGCGGCUCAGGCGGAGGUGGACAGCCUGGUGGGGGAGACCAUUGCGGGGGCAGCUACCCCAUCAGAUCAGGAGAAGCCCCGGGAGGAGACCGAGUUCCCAGAGCUGGGCGCAGACGACUUGGAGACGCUGGGAGCUGAAGGAAAGCGAGAGUAUGAAGAGGCUACGAAGGCAGCAGCUGAGGCGUCGGCGACGCUCAAGCAGGACGCCGCCAAGGAAGACGAGCAGGGCGCCCGCGCCGAGAACCUGGACUUCACAUAUCCUGAUGCCGUCAACAAGUACAUUGAGGCAACAGCCCAGUUCAAGGCCAAG